ACAUGUCCCAGUCCAUCGAGGUUCUGAACCUCCGGACCCAGAGAGACUUUCAGUACAUCAUGAGGAUGGAGAACCAGAUCAAAGGGCUCCGGUCCAAGUUCCGGCAGGUCGAGUCCGACAGGAGGACCCUCGUCAACAAGAACUUUCAGGAGCUGAAGGGGAAGAUGGCGUCCCUGCAGCCGCUGAUCCCGGUUCUAGAGCAGUACAAGACGGACACCAGACUCAUCUCCCAGUUCAGAGAGGAGAUCAGAAACCUGUCUGCUGUUCUGACGGGCCUCCAGGAGGAGCUGGGAGCCUACGACUAUGAGGAGCUGCAGCUGCAGGUCCUGAACCUGGAGACCCGGCUCCACGCAUGCAUGAACAAACUCACAUGUGGGAAGCUGAUGAAGAUCUCCGGACCGCUGACGGUGAAGACUUCUGGGACCAGAUUUGGAGCCUGGAUGACGGACCCUCAGGAACCUCUGCAAAAGCAAAGAGUGUGGUACAUGGACAGCUACACCAACAACAGAAUAGUCAAAGAGUUCAAGUCUCUGUCUGACUUUGUGGCUGGCGUGGAGUCCAGGACCUACAACCUGCCCUUCAAGUGGGCGGGGACUAACCAUGUGGUCUUCAACGGCUCGCUGUACUACAACAAGAUGCAGAGCAACAUCGUGGUCAGGUACAGCUUUGAGUGGGGCCGCGUGGUCACGCAAAGGGCGCUGGAGUCUGCGGGCUUCCACAACGUGUACCCGUACACGUGGGGGGGCUUCUCAGACAUCGACCUGAUGAGCGAUGAGCUGGGCCUCUGGGCCGUGUACGCCACCAACCAGAACGCCGGAAACAUCGUCAUCAGUCAGCUGAACCCGGAAACGCUCCAGAUCCUGAAGACCUGGAACACGGAAUACUCGAAGCGGAACGCCGGCGAGUCCUUCAUGAUCUGUGGCACUCUGUACAUCACCAACUCCCACCUGACGGGGGCCAAGGUCUACUACGCCUACUCCACCAGAACCUCCACGUACGAGUACAUGGACAUCCCCUUCCAUAACCAGUACUUCCACCUCUCCAUGCUGGAUUACAACUCCAGGGAGCGGGCCCUGUACGGCUGGAACAACGGACACCAGGUCCUGUUCAACGUCACGCUUUUCCACGUCAUCAGAACCCAGGACGAGUCCUGAGACGGCCGCCGGGGAGGAACAAACUCUUCUGGAUCUUCCUGUUGUCCCUGUGCUCUCCUUUAGAUCUGACAUCACAUUAAUGGGGGGGGUCUCAUGGUUCUCCCUGUCAUCCAUCGGGGGUUGUUGUUUUCUUCAACUGCUUUACUCUUUUUAUGUCUGAAAUCUGACGUUUUUGAUCUAAACGUUUGCAAUCGUCCUCAGAGUCACUCUUAGAUGUUUACCGUUUGUUGAGCUCCAGUUUUCUGAAUUUAUAUCGAAUCUGAAAAAGCUUCACAGGAAUAAAAACUCUGACGCUCAAAGAUCUGACUUCAACUUUUGCUCGAGAAAUGUUUAUAACUGGAAACAAAGACUUUACAGUCUGUGUCGUUGCUGGACUCUUAUGUUUCCAACCAAGUCCAGAGGCUUCAUGAAGCAGUUGACCUUCAGUCUCACAGGGAACGUAGAAAAUGUUAGGCUAGAUCUGGUCUCCAUAGAUUGUUCCUCUUUAGUCCUCUUGGAGCUUCAGCUGCUGUCUUUAGAGUCUGUGGAGCUUCUCAAUGUCUUCUCAUGGAUGUCAGCUGAUCCAUGACCGGAGCUGAUCCAUGACCCGCUGAAGUUCUGGAUCUUCAGUUGGUCCAUGACCCGCUGAAGUUCUGGAUCUUUAGCUGGUCCAUGACCCGCUGAAGUUCUGGAUCUUCAGUUGGUCCAUGACCAGCUGAAGUUUUGGAUCUUUAUCUGAACAGUGACCCGCUGAUGUUCUGCUUCUUCUCUGUUUGCUCCCAUGCGUCUCCAUUCUUCUUCUGCAGUUCUCAUGCUACCCUUUCCUUUCUUUCUUUAUUUGUUUCCUUUCGUGAAGCAGCAGGAACAUCAAAAACACAAAAUCAAAUAGAGAAUACAACACAGUCCUACAACUUCAUGACUGAAAGGGAGCAGAUGGAAGAACAAUGUUCUUAUUUUGUGUCUGCCCCUGCUAAAUCAAAAUACUCGUAUAUAUAAACAAAUAUACAUAGUUCAGAUGGCCCCGCCGUUGGCCGUUCACAAGCAAAA